AUGGCCGCCCCCAGACUUUUCCGCCCAGCUACCCGGCUGCUUUCUUCGCGCCUUUCUUCCACCCCUCUUCGCUCAUCUUUUGUUCGUCCUUCUUGCGCUCAGUUUGCCCUACGCGCCCGCGGAUAUGCCUCGGAGAGUGGUACCAAGGAGGUUACCGUCCGUGAUGCCUUGAACGAAGCCCUAGCAGAGGAGUUGGAGAGCAACCACAAGACCUUCAUCAUGGGUGAGGAGGUCGCACAAUACAACGGAGCAUACAAGGUCACAAGGGGUCUUCUGGACCGCUUCGGCCCCAAGCGUGUGAUUGAUACUCCUAUCACUGAGAUGGGUUUCACUGGUCUUGCUGUUGGUGCUGCUCUUGCUGGCCUGCACCCCAUUGUCGAGUUCAUGACCUUCAACUUCGCCAUGCAGUCUAUCGAUCAGAUCAUCAAUUCUGCCGCUAAGACUCACUACAUGUCCGGUGGUAUUCAGCCCUGCAACAUCACUUUCCGUGGACCCAACGGCUUUGCUGCCGGUGUUGCUGCUCAGCACUCUCAGGACUUCUCUGCCUGGUACGGUAGCAUUCCCGGUCUCAAGGUCGUCUGUCCCUGGAGCUCUGAGGAUGCCAAGGGUCUGUUGAAGGCCGCCAUCCGCGACCCUAACCCCGUCUGCGUUUUGGAGAACGAGCUUAUGUACGGUGUUUCUUUCCCCAUGAGCGAGGCUGCUCAGAAGAGCGAUUUCGUUCUGCCCAUUGGCAAGGCCAAGAUUGAGCGUCCCGGAAAGGACCUGACCAUCGUCUCUCUUUCCCGUUGCGUUGGUUUGUCCCUGGACGCUGCCGCUGAGCUGAAACAGAAGUAUGGUGUUGACGCCGAGGUCAUCAACCUGCGCUCUGUCAAGCCCCUCGAUGUUGAAUCUAUCAUUGCCUCUGUCAAGAAGACUGGCCGCCUAAUGGUCGUUGAGUCCGGCUACCCCAUGUACGGUGUUGCUUCCGAGAUCCUGGCUCUGGCCAUGGAGUACGGCUUCGACUACCUGACUGCCCCUGCUGCCCGUGUCACUGGUGCCGAGGUUCCCACUCCUUACGCCGCUGGCCUCGAGGACAUGUCCUUCCCCCAGCAGGACACCAUUGUCAAGCACGCUGCCAAGAUCCUGCGGUUGUAA